UUCGGUCAAUGGCACAACUCCCCCAACGUGUCAAAUCCACUGACAGUAUCAAUUUGUCAUCGUAUUGUAGAUAAAAUUUAGGUGAAAUGGACCCACAACCUAGUAAAUCAGAUAUCGAGGCUGUUUUUCACCGAUUACGAGCCAAUCCUGCCAAUAAGGUUUGUUUCGACUGCAAUGCCAAGAACCCGACUUGGGCCAGCGUGACAUACGGCGUUUUCAUCUGCAUUGACUGCUCCGCAGUUCACAGAAGUCUCGGUGUUCAUUUGACAUUUGUUAGGUCCACCCAGCUUGACACCAACUGGACAUGGGUCCAGCUGAGACAAAUGCAACUGGGGGGCAACUCCAACGCCAUCCAAUUUUUCUCGCAACACAAUUGCAUGACAACAGAUGCUCAGAAAAAAUAUAACUCUCGAGCUGCUCAGCUGUAUAAAGAUAAACUGCACCAAGCGGCUCUAAACUCGCUUAAAAGUAAUACACAGCUUCAUAUUCAUCCACAUGUUGAGGAGCGUAGUGAAGAGAAAGAAGUUGAUUUCUUCACAGAACAGGAAAAUUUUGCCAUCCCAGACGCGCCUCAAGGACACCAACACAAAAUUGAAGAAUCACAGUCACUACAAAAGGACAAUAAAAAUCCAGACGAGGGCCCCAAUGUUGAUUUUAGUGCUCCGGCAGCGAAUCCGGAGCCACGAAAAUCAACCAUUGCCACCAGGAAGCCCCCUAACAAAAAAUCAGGGUUGGGGGCGAAGAAAGGCGGCUUGGGAGCGACGAAAGUGAAGACGAACUUUGCCGAAAUUGAACGUGAGGCCGAAAUUGCUGAAGAAAGUCGUCUCAGGGCUUUAGAAGAAUCAGCGAAAGCUGCAGCUUUGUCUUUAAAGGAGCAAGAAGAACGUGAAGCUGCCGUCCGAUUGGCUUACAAAGAUCUCAGCAAUGAACAAAUGAAGAAAGAAGAGCAAUUACGAAGGCAAGACCCGAAAAAAGCCGAACAGGUUGAGAGAUUAGGGAUGGGAGUGAACGCUAGAAGUGGGGUCAGCCAUUCGGCUUUAAGCGAUAUGACAGAGAUUGAACAAGAGAACGUUCAACCGACUCCUAGUACUUUGAGUUCGUUGGGAAAAUUACGAAUUUCCGACAGCGAUAGCUUCUUUGAUGAGUAUUCGUUUAGUUCCGGUUUUAAUAUAAACCGCGCCAAUAAAAUGGACAUGUUUGGGUUGGAAAGUAGUCGGGAACGUGACAAGGAAAAGGAUAAUUGGGUCAUUGUUGAGGAUCCGGUCGAAAAACCGAAACCGACUUACCGUACCCCAGAAAAAGUAACGAAAAGUUUCGAUUUGAGUUCAGACGCCGCCCAGAAAAAAUUCGGCAAUGCUAAAGCCAUCUCUUCCGAUCAGUUUUUCAACGAUCGGGAGCCCGAUUACGAGACGAAGGCGAAUCUGAAUCGAUUUCAGGGUUCUUCCAGUAUUUCAUCAGCCGAGUUUUUCGGCAAUGGCAAAGAAGCCACUCCAAGUUCGCACAUGCAAGCGUAUGAUUUGGACGACGUCAAGGAGAGCGUGAGACAAGGAGUGACGCGAAUCGCCGGCAAGUUCAGUUAUUUAGCUAAUGAAGUCAUGUCUUCGUUGCAAGAUCGCUACGGUAACUAGCAGUUAGUGAAAAUUGAAAAAAACUAAGCUUUAUCUUGGCACAUUUACAAUAAAUCGUUGAAAUGAUUAUAUAUUUUAUCCAGUUGAAAAUGUGCCUUGAUUUUAUUAUUAAGGGGGUUAAUGUUGUAAUUAUGUAGGCACGGAUAAUAGCACUGUGACAUUUUUAUCAAAAUCACCUAAACAAGAUUUAAGAGUUAGACAGUGCCAUUUGUUCUACUUUGUUAAGUCUUGUUUAAAGUUUUAUUUUUUCUCUAUUAUGUAUCAAAUUUAUUUUAUUGUGACGAUGCAAUUGUUUACCUCGACAUUUCAGUUUAUAUAUUUUUUUGAAUAAAUAUGCUAUAAACAUGAAUGCAGUUUUAUUUUCCCCACCAAAAAUAAAGGUUAUGAAAAUGUCAACUUGACAGCUGGUGUUUUUGUUAUUCUAACAAAAAGGAUUAUUUAUUUUAAAAAUGGAUAAGGAAGAUUUGUUCUUACACACUUAUUUUACGCAUUUAUCCCAAAUAUCUUAUGACAAAGCCAAGGAACACGUCG